AUGCAAGGGUUAGUGGAUCAACGAGUGAUUGAUGGUAUUGUUGCUGGCUAUUUAGUACGUCAAAAUUAUGUAAAAUCAUUGGAUUGUCUCAUGGAAGAAUCAACUGUUCUUAGACAAUUUCGUAAAAGUGGAACAUCAUUCAUACUUAAUGAUUGUAUAUAUGGAAAAAAUCUCGAAGAAAUCAUCAAACGUUUUGUGCAGUUUGGAGAUUUCGAAUUACCUUCUACAUUUCUUGAUUUUGGCCUUAAAUUGCGUACAUUAGCAAAUGAAUAUACAGCUCUUACUUCGCCUGAUAGGUUUUGGUCAGAUGCUCAAAAAGUAUUAUAUGGUCGAUGUGCACCUCCAUUCGAAAAAUGUGCUUCGGUUUAUGCAGUUCCACAGAGCAUGGAUAAUGAUGUGGAAAAGAUUCAUCAACAAAUGAAUAAUAAUAACAAUAAUGAUCAGUCGAAACCCUCGAAAAACGUUACUAAUAGCGCCAAUACCUCAGAAUCCUCUUCUUUACGCAGAAAAUGUCCCUUGCCUGUUAGUAUGGAAGCGAAACGAAAAGAAUUAUUAAAGGAAAUUGUGGAGCCAGUUGUGCAUUCCGCUCAGCAGUAUUUUGAUGGUGGUAUAAACGCAAGUCAUGAUUCGUCUCAUUCGACAUCUUUCCCAUUGGUCGACGACAGUAUUAUUGGUUCACUUGAUCGCUUCAUAUAUAAUGAACAUUUUGAAGAGCUGAUUGAGAGUAUUGAAUGUGAAAUGCCCUUAAAUUUGACAGAAUAUUUUGACACUUCGAGUGGAAUCGAAGAAGAACGUAAAAGUGGUCAAGCAGUACGCCAGGAAAUCAAAUCUGGUCAAGAAAGUCUUGAGACAUCAGAUGUGAUCGAUGAGCGUUUUGACGUGGAUAACCAGAAUUUAUCGAAUAUUCCGCUUGAGGUUUCUUCAUCUUUUCCAAGCACAUUCACGGAGCCGCAAUCUCUUGUGCUUUCUUUAUCUGAGCUUCAGCAAAACUCAACAGAAUUUUCGAAAGAAAUAUCUUAUCCGAAGAACGUCAUAAGAUCUGAAAUUGGCCGAUUGAAUUAUAGAAAAUCUUCUCGAGCAUUUGAAAACAGAAAACCAGCUUUGAAAGAAAGCACUCUAUUCAAGGAUCGAGUCGAAUUUUCAUCUUUUAAUAUUUCUGAGGCAGUUGGUUCUUUCACCUCCAAUGAAGAAAAAAGUGUAAUAAACCAGAAGAAUAGUUCACAGUGCAGACCAAAUAUUCGGAACCUUGAAGAUGUUAAAAAUGAAACGAUUUUUAAAACUGGUGUUGGAAUUGCAAUGCAUGAAGAGCACGAAAAAAAAACAGAAAGCGGAAAUAAAUAUAUCACUCCUUUGUUUAAGCAGAUUUGUUCAGGAAAUGAUUCCGAUCACUCGAUAUCGGUGCUUAAAAGAGAUGGUGAAGAAACCACUAAAACUAGUGGCUUCUUAGAAAAUGUCUUGCCAGUGGGAAUAAGUAAAGAAAAAAUUUCAAUUGCUUCUCAGUUAAAUGAGGAAUCAAAUAAAGAUAAGAUCCAAGAUUCAUCAGUUUCGAAAGAAAAGAAAAUGCAUGGAGCUCUUAACAAUGAGGAAACGUCUGGAGAAAAAGUUUUCCCAAUUGACAAAUCAGAAAAGCAUGUUGAUCAAGAACCACGUAAAAAAUACAGUGAAGAAUGUAACAAGAAAUUUAUGCAAAAAAAAGAUAAAGAAAGCGAUCAAAGUAAUCGAGCUAAAAUUGGUUCACAGAAAAAUAAAAAGAAUGGCAAGAAAUUUAUCGAAGAGAUUGAACUUUCAGAGACUAGCUCAACUACUGUAUUAAGUAGUGGUAAGAUUGCAAAAUAUGAAAAACCCUACAAAAAUGCGCAUGAACUACAAGUAAACAAGCAGAUGAAAGUUUCAAAGGUUACUAAAAUGCGAGAUUUAGGUGAAAUGAAGAAUUGUAAUAAAAAUGAACCAAAAAUAAAUAGUCAAUCGGAAGAAGCGUCCAUUUGUAAAAUUGACCCAGCAUCUUCAUUCCAUUUUGAUCCUCGUUUGAAAGUCAUAUCUAAAUAUAAGUGCAAAAGAAUAAAAGAUAUGCCGAAUCCGGAGAAAAAAAACAAUAAUUCGAAAAUUGGCUUUCUUCAAGAAAGGGAUGAAUUCGAACGUAAGCACAAGGAACAAUUAGAAAAAGAAAAACGCCGAGCAAUUGAACGAGAGCAGCGUCAUGAAGAGGAAAAAUUAAGGGAAGAAAAGGAAAAGGAAGAAAGAGAAAAAAAACGUAAAGAGAAAUUGGACAAGGAAAAAAUGCGAAUAGAAAAGGAAAAACAAGAAGAAAAAAUCAAAAAAUCAAAUUGGGUCGUGCUACGUGAAAAUGAGGCGAAGUUUGCUUCUGAUAGAAGGAACGCAUCGGACGAUUUGUGUAGAAUCAAGGAAGAAAGGGAUUAUAGUCACAAAAAAAAGAUGGAUUCAGUUAGUGAAGAAGACUUGAUGGAAAAUCUUUUUGGUGACGAAACAAUAGAUAAAUCUUCGAAAGCAACAACUUAUAAAUCCAUUAAAUCAGCUGAUGAGAAAGCAAGAGCGAAAUCAUCGUUUCUCGCUGCCAAAGAAUCUCGCAUUUCUGAUAAUAUAACCAAAGUUGAAGAAUCUCUUGAUAAAAAUGUGAAAUGUGAAGCAAAAAGUGUGAAAAAAGCUAAGAUAGCAGAUAAGAAAAGUGAUCAAGUGCUGGAUGAGAUUUUCAACACGUUUAUUCGACCUCCACAACAAGAUUUUGGGUUCAAAGAUUCAUAUAAGAAGGACCAAGCAAAAGAUUCUCAAAGGGAUGAGGUUAUGAAAGAAUCGUUUUUUAAAGAUUCAGUGCAGCCAGCGACAUCGACCGAAAGAAGUGCAAGUAAAAUGGUGGUCACUUCGGGAAUUAACAAGGGUCGUGAAAAUUUGUUGGUUGGCGGGGGACAUUCAGCUCGCGUUGGAAUGGUUUUGGAAAAAGCAAUGAGGAUGAGGCUCAGAGCGCUAUUAGAUGUUCGAUUCGAUGCUAGGCAGUUAUCUCAGCCUUCGCAUUCCUUACCGUCAAGCUUAUAUGCUGUAAAAGGUGCUUCAAAUAAUUUUUUAAAAGCUGCACUUGAUCAAAUACCUAAUAUCAACAGUGCAUCUCCUGUAGUCAAUAAGGAUACUUCUUCAUCAAAAAAUAUAUUAUGUUUGCCGUUACCGAAAUCCAUUGGUUUUACUACUAUGCCAUGCUCUUCUUCGGAACAAUUACAGCUCGCGAAACCUUUUUCAAUUCCAAAAGUGACCUGUUCUAAUGUACAAGUUUCUGAGUCUUCCGGAAGCACUUUCACUAACAUAGCUCAGAUCGAUUCACCUUGUGCAGCAUAUGUCGCAAUACCUUAUUCAGCUUCAUUUUCGGAUUAUUCAGCAUCUACAGAUACUGCUUAUUCUCCAGUUCCUGCAAAAAGAACAAAAUUGAAUACACAAGUUAUCGAUAAAGUUUUAAAUAACUUGCACGAUUUUGCAGGGCCCAAAUAA